AAAUCCUCACAACACAUUACCACCAACAUCAUCAUCAAGAUCUGAUCUGAAGAAUACUUUUUAUUCGUUAUUAUCUCUUCAUCAAGAGCAACCGUACCACUUGUCAAUUUAUAUAUAUAACUUACCAGUUAACAUUAAAUCACAAACACAAUAACUAGUACUCGUAAUUGAUAACGUGUUAACGCAUCAUGCCCAAUCGAUUAUGGGAUGGUAGCAGAGAUGGCGAUUUUCGUUGUUGACGGUUUGUCGGUUUCUAGUAUAUGAAGUUGGUAGUGGUUGUUGGGUAGCGGUCACGGUCACGGUCACGGUGGUGGAGAUGGUGGUUGGACCGUUAAAGAACAUCUUUGUAGGUCUUCUGCGAUGUUGGGCACUUUUCUUACAUACACGAUUGAAGGAAACCCUUAGAAAUUAAUUUGGGGAGGCAGGAAAGGAAGGAGGCAGGCCAGCAAGUUCAAAGUAGAGAGUGCACCAGCACCUGAUCCAUUUCCAUGGCUUCCGUCAUCGAAUCUUGCUGGACGUAUUUGAUCACAAAUUUCAGCGACUUUCAGUUGGCAUGCUUUGGAAGUUUCUUGCUUCAUGAAUCUGUCUUUUUCUUAUCCGGGCUUCCCUUCAUUUACUUAGAAAGGUCUGGAUGGCUUAGCAAGUACAAAAUUCAGACAAAGAAUAACACCACGGAAGCUCAAAAUAAAUGCAUUACUCGGCUACUGUUGUAUCAUUUUUGUGUAAAUCUGCCUGUUAUGAUUGCCUCUUACCCUGCCUUUAAAUUCAUGGGAAUGCAAAGUAGUCUUCCAUUGCCUUCCUGGAAAGUAAUAUCAACCCAGAUACUAUUCUACUUCAUAAUCGAAGAUUUUAUAUUCUACUGGGGACACAGGAUUUUGCAUACUAAAUGGCUAUACAAAUAUGUCCAUAGCGUUCAUCAUGAAUAUGCUACACCUUUUGGAUUGACUUCGGAAUAUGCUCACCCUGCUGAAAUAUUAUUCCUUGGUUUCGCUACAAUAUUUGGUCCCGCCAUCACGGGGCCUCAUCUGAUAACACUUUGGUUAUGGAUGGUAGUAAGAGUUCUUGAGACAGUUGAGGCACAUUGUGGUUAUCAUUUCCCAUGGAGCCCGUCAAACUUUCUUGCUUUAUACGGGGGUUCUGAUUUUCACGACUAUCAUCACCGACUUAUCUACACCAAGUCUGGAAACUACUCGUCAACUUUUGUCUACAUGGACUGGCUAUUUGGGACAGAUACCGGAUACAGAAAACUGAAGGCAUUGAAGAACGAAGAGGAAGCUAAGUAUAAAUAGAUUUAGUAAGCUUAAAUUUUUUUUAUAUCAGACGGUUUUCACCAUACAAUAUGACAAAGGUUUCUUCUA